UUAAUCUAAACUUGAUCACACCCAAAGAUCAUUUCACACUCCGAUAUAGAUUGUACUAUACAGUACUAGUAAGGAAACACCAUGAUGAAACCCUUCAAGAGAUUGUUCCGUCGCAGCAAGUCCAAAAAGGUUGAAAAGGAGACAUCAGAUUCUGACACUUGCAUUACAACUGCAACUGAUCACCGCAACAGUCCUGUGGAGACAGCAGAGGACCAAAACUGGAAGAGUGAACUGGUACAAGCCUUCUUGGCAAAAUGGAAUGAACACGAUAUGGAAGGGGCUGGGAAAAUGGUCACUGCAGACUAUGUCUUCGUCUUUGCAGAUAACCAAGAGAUGGAAUACGAUGACAUGGCCUGUGAAACCACAAACGUCUUCCAUGCCUUCCCCGACUUCUACUUUCAGUAUGAUUCCAUCAAACAGCGUGAAAGUGAUGGUGUUGUGGUCGUGAGCAAUCUGGUUGCAAGUGGUCACCAUACAGCCAAACCAUAUGCCUUUGGGCCCUGUCCACCUAUUCAGCCAUCAGGAAAAUACAUACAGAACUCACCAGAAACACUCUAUUUCCACUUUAGAGAUGGAAAGAUAUGCAAGCUAAUUGUGGAUGCAGAAGGAGAAAUGACAGGACCUCCCGGCAUUUACACUCAGCUGGGUGGAUUCCCUUGUAUGUAACUGAUGGGAAAUGCUUCCCCUCUCGAAUGUAAAUAAAUGUCCCCUUGCGCACCUGAGUGGGAAUGUUCAGUGGCACCAAUACGAAUGCCCCAGCAAUUCUGAACGACCACGGGCGUACAUUGACUCUAAAGUUGUUCGUGUAAUAGUAAUAGCUCGUGUAAUAGUAACAGUUUUAUCGUUU